CUUCUACUUUCUAGGCUCACUGAAUCACUUCUCGAAUCUGAGAGGAGGAGAGUGGAAAGAUGUUGUCUGAUAGUCGUUUCACGAUAUUCAUGGUCCCAAGGUAUCCGUCGUGUGAGUGGCAUCUUUUCUCCAAGGGAGCGAGUCCGAGAAGGAAAUUCGAAUCGUUCAAGCUGGAAGAAGAGUACCCAUGAUCGCCUCGUGCAUGUUGACUUCCCCCUUGUCGUGUUACUAAAAGAAGAAGAAUUGAUGAUGAUACCUAUUUUUCACCAUGGUUAAUACAGUUACGACAUCCAAAAGCUUUCCAGCAUACCUGUAAUUCCACGAAAUAUUCGACAUCGUACUUAGAUGAGGUAGUUUCUUUGAAAAAAGGUGAAAAGACCACUUCGAGAUGCAAGUGAUCAAGAUUCAACAAAGAUAAAGUCGUGAGUGAGUUAGUACAACUUGCACUUGCAGGGCACAAAGCCCCUGUAGUUUUCUCCUCCUUCGCCGAGGCCAUCAACAUAAACACGUCCAAAUUGCUAAGUUCUAUAGAUGAGCAUGAGGGGACCAGCUUCGACAAAAACAAGACAUUGACAUUCUUGAUCAUUUGACCACUACGGCAAGCUUUAUUAUUGCUUACUUGUCAGUCUGGUGCUGUUAAAUAUAACAUUCGCCCAAAAUGAACGACUUCGAGUACAUAUACAUGAAACAGCGGAAAGACUUCGGUCGAUACUGCCAAUUUGACGAAGUGGAGCCGAAAAUUAUCGGCGUUGUCGAGAGAAACAAUGAGUACUUGUUGAUACUCGUCGUAGUUCCUUCUACAGAGUAUCAGUAGUUGCAACUCUAUCGCCGUCAUAGGGUAGUAGGAAACUCCAUGCACAUCUGUUUUGUUGGUAAUCGCAUCAGAGGAGCAAUGCUUGUGAGACAUGAUAAUAAUCCAACAACGAGCUACAACAACCCCUAUAAUCUAUCACAUAGCUGCGACUUGGAACCCCGUGAGGCCUGGGUUAAAGCCACCUACUUCUACUCAUGUUUUUACUACCAAAAAUUUUUAGCUGCGCAAACGAUUUCGUGGAACAGACGGUUAUCAAUGUCAUUCUCGACAACAUUCCGGUCAUGUCCGAGCAUUCCGUCAAUACAGCAAGGGUAAUUAUUUACUCGAUUUCCCUCACUUGCGAAGGGAUUGGAAUUUUGAUAUAUAUUUAUACCUCCUAACGCGUACACUUUCAUUAUCCUCAUGUAACUGUCAUGUUUAACCAACUUGAACAUCUUAAAUCUUGAUCCUCGUCAUCAAUUUUCUAGGUACAAGCGAAGACUCGGGGUAUGUUGCACACAGAAGGUGGUUGGCCGAAAGAGGUUGAUGCAACAGAGGCCCAGGAUACCACCAAGUGGCGUAAGAAACUUGAGAAGGACCCCAUUUUCACGUCGGCGGUCAAGAAUUUGUGCACCACGACGAGCAAAUGCCUAGAGCAGAACAACACAAUCGAUCUCUUCGAGCACUACUUUUAAGAACUCCUGCUCAGAUGUUACAUCCAUUAUUACAGGAUCUAAAAAUUUAUUUAUAUUUUCAUCAGGUGCUCCGCCUCAACCUCUAGCCAGUAUUACGUAGUUUUUUUUGAUAGACUGCAUUUGAUGCCGAUUGAGUACUUAUAGCCUAGUAUUUAUGCCUUCUCAUCUGGAAGCUGAGAAGCAUGAUUAUCUUCCACUAAUGGGGCAAGUAGGAAAUACUCCUGCUCUUUUGUUAAGUGUCAGACGAGUACCAUCUUCGAGUUCUAGGAUUAUGGUGAACCGUAUCUGUCUAAUAUCUCUUCCAGGAGGAGCCAGAUGCACUAGUCGAGAACCUGCAACUGAAAACAAUAGCGCUCUUUAAAGACCCAUCAGACUUAAGGCUUUAUCGACAAUUCAUUUUUUCAUGAUCAGGUCAUUCUUCCAUAAGUUAAAGUCCCGUUGACGUUGUCCCGGUUAGACUGUAAGUGAAUAUGUUGCUGGAACAUGACGCACAAAGAGGAUGAUGAGUCUGUGUAUUAUCGGGAACACCUCUAAGAACGGAGCCACGAACUAUUUCGAAAAUCGGAUGGCAUCCGGAAGGACCUACCAAAUUAGUCGGGUAUUUUAGUUCCUUCACUAUGUAUCUAUAGGAUCAAUCUACAGGAAAAAGGGUUGUGAUUUAUCUUCCGACCGGCUCCUAUGUAGUCCUUCUUCAAUCCUACCAAAGAAAUAAAUCCUGUUCCUCUCUCACCUCGUCUCAGCUCCCCUCACUUUUAGACCAGGAUUUUUCUCGUUGCACCACGUGAAUUUUUUUUCAAAUUUUGCUAGCCUGAGAAGGCCCAACCUCUUCGGGACCGCUGGGGCCAUCCCGAUAGCUUGGCAGUGAACCCUCGGAGCGGGACUCCGCUUCCAAGGAUCGCGAAGUGUGGACCCUAAAAGCGCCUCCAGGGGAGCCCCAACCCUUGGGAGGCUCGGCUCGGAGGUGCUUUGGAGGGGUGUCAAAAAGGGGGGCAAAAAGACCCCACUUUGACACCCCAAACGACCCGGGUCAUUUGGCGACCAUUUUGGACCAAAAAGGGUCGCCUUAAGGCACCCCCUAGCCCCCACUAGAUGGGGCCGCUUCGGUCCUCGCAAAAUGACCCGGCAGCUUUUUUUUACAAAUGGGGCGCAAAAUGCACCCAAAGUGACCCGGUACAUUUUUGGCCAAAAAGUGCCGCUUUCGGCCACCCCUUGCCUGGCUCAGACCUCCGCGUCGGAGGUUGGCACCAUGGAGGGCGAGCCAGGUAUCCUUGGCGGCUGCCUCUCUGCGAAUGUCGACGACGCCGAACGCUCCCAGUCACGCGAUGGCCGGGGUUUAUGGCUGUGCGCCAGGCCUUGCACCUGGCUGCAUUUUUCAAAAAAAAACUACGUGGUGCAACGAGAAAAGUCCUGGUCUAACACUUUGUAAGUAUCCUAUAAUCAGGUACCUGUACCACCGUUCUCACCUCCUUUUCCUCCAACAUCCUAUCCUCUCAGGUCCUAUUCUUCCUUGCGAUUCCAGCGGAUGUCCGAGGAAAUGUCCACUAGUUCCCAUGUCUGGGAUGUUAACGAGAGAAAUACGCCAUUGUACGCGUUGAAGUCGAAAUCACCAAUCAUUUGCGCGCAAUACAAUAACAAGCAUUAAGAACUGCCAAUUCUUGACACAUACUUUUAGUCUUCAACUAUGCAUUUACAUUUAGAUUAUAGACACCGAUACCUAGGUAGUUUGCUAGGUAGAUUGCAAUGUACUCGUUUAAUAUUUGAAAUCAUCGUUACAAAAAGGACGAUAGUCAGAGGACCACCAGAGAACUCCUCUACUAUCUCCUAGAACUUCUAGGUGAUGUUGAGGCUCCUGAUGUGUCAAUUGGAAAUCCCUAACAGCAGAGUGAUCUCAUUUUGGGCGGAUGUUACAAUGGUAUCUUGAACUUGUACGAUUUGCGAAAAGGGUCAACGCCAGCCAUGCAGAGCAUAGUAGAAACAAGUCACUAUGACCCAGUCUACGAUCUAUGCUGGCUCCAGAGCAAGACAGGAACAGAGGCGGUAUUUCAGGAAGCUGAGAAGACCUAAUAUGAAUUAGAGAAAAUGAAGAGAUUCUAGAAACUUACGAAAACUAGAGAACAAGAUCAGACAAGACCUAACGUAAGUACAAUCAUAGAAUUAACCUUUUUGUGUUGCAGGUAUCUGUAUCAUCAGACGGCCGGCUCAUGCUCUGGGACGUGAAGGACAUGAGCGCACCAAGAGACUCCGUGCUGCUCACUGACGGCGCUAGAGAAAACCCGAAGGUAUUUUCAAAAACUUGGAAGUAUGAUCAUCAAACAACAUCGACAUUGCUUUUCGCCACACAUCAUCAACUUUUCUAUAAUGAAGCGAUGAAUCGAACCUCAGUCAACCUCCACCACUUCUCAUCUCCUUCAACGCGUAAUCAAACAAAAGAAUAUUACUAACUUUCAGACGCUCGGCGCGUGCUCACUAGAGUGGAUGCAGGAGGCAGGACCGACAAAAUACUUAGUCGGAACAGAGAUGGGUAUGACACUCGCGUGUCAGAAUAAACCAAAGAAACCGUGCGAGGUGCCAACCUUAAUAGAGAUAAUAUGUCACAGUCUCGCUACCCCUUGGAAUUGAUAGUCACGAAUUCCGCAUUCUUCAUGUUUUCUCCUCUUUCUUGAUGAAAACUAACCCUUCACAUAUAGUCAGCCUGUUUUUUCACAUAUUUAUAAGUAAUCAACCACACAAGGUGACUGCAUGGUUCGGAAACGAGGAGAAGGGAGGACACGGAAGGCAUUUCGGACCAGUAUAUGGAGUGAAGAGGAAUCCGUUCCAUGUCAAAUAUUUCCUAACUAUCGGAGACUGGAGUGCCAGAAUGUGGUUCGAAGAUCUCAAGGGACCGAUGAUGAUGACCCCAUACUCCCCAAGUUACCUCAGUGCGGGUACUAAUCAUGUUGAAUGAUGUGUUGAUAGUUACAGAUUGGAUCAAUAUUUAAUAGCUUAAUUAGAAUUACUUGGUCCAGAGAAUAUGAUAGAUGCCUCAGCCCUCUAAAAAUUUGAGUGAUUCAUAACAAUAAAUAUGCUGUGAUCCAAACUGACCCUCAAAACAGCCGCCUGGUCGCCGACGCGUGCGGGUGUCUUCUUUCUAGCAAGACACGAUGGCUAUCUAGAUAUCUGGGAUUACUGGUACCGAAUGAACAGCGUGACACUCACGCAGAAGGUGAGUGACUUUGCAUUAACCAGUAUGGCAAUGCAGAACCAGGGUGGCCUUCUCGCAAUGGGUAAUAGAUUUAGUUUUCCUAGUACACACUGUGGUUGUACUAGUCUCAUUUUAGGCAUUGGCAUGCACAAGAUGAAUCAAAGUACAAGCGAAAAAUGUCUACUGCACAGUUUGUUUCAUAUGAAUUUCGUCUUUUCAAAUCUAAGUAUCCGAUUCAACAAGUAAUCCAAUUGAUUGUUCUUUAGGCGACAGCAACGGUGUCAUUACGCUGAUGCAGCUGUGCGACGGACUCAUAAACCCGCAGCCAAACGAGAAGAACAUAGUAGGCGCUAUUUUCGAGCGCGAGACAAAGCGAGAAAAGAAUCUAGAAGCGCUGAAAAAGGCACAUUAAGAAUUGGUUUUCAUGAUUCCUUAUUAAACGCGUAUGAAUGGUGCAUCCACAUAUCACUAAGACUACAGAUGACGACAUCCGCUGUGCAAGGAUGGGAAAUAUUCACUCUAGUCUAGUAGUUGGGGUAGUGGUUGUAAUGGUAAUAGCUCAAGGAAUAAAUUUCAGAAUUCGUCUCUACGAUCAUGAUUACAAACGAGGACAAGAUGAACAGAGACAACGGCAUGUGUGCAUGAGUACUAGUAGAUUGAUGAGAGUUAUUCGCAUUCGCUCUAAGCACAGAAAAACCCGGGUGCGGGGGCUGGUGGCGAGGAAACAGCACCACUUACGAUCGACGAGAAGGCCUACGUAGAAUGCGAGGAGAAGUUCUUUGCGGGCGUAGGCAUGGAGGCAGAUAACCUCGGAACAUCUGCGUACCUCAACAAAAACAAAACUGAGAACUAGAGGAAACUAGGACUAGCAUAGGAAAAUAAUACUACAGUCAGGAGAUGAUUGAAUAUGUAGUGCUAGUUUGCAAUCGUUUGGCCUAGUUGUCGUGUAGUAGUUGCAGGGUGGUAUCGAUGUCGUACGGGCGGUCGUAAGGAGGUGGAUUGUAAGUACCCACGAUUUACGUUUUGAGCUAUCGAUUCAUGUUGAUUUUCUACUUCAGUGACUUCGUAACUACCGGUGGCAACGUACACACGCGCUCUCCCAUCAGAUACUACGCUACCGCGUCCCUGUUGCACAAAGGUAAACUGUAGCUACAACAACUGUUCUGUUAAAUCUUUUUUAGCCCCAUAAAAAAUAUUCCAAAGUAGCAUUCAAUUUAAGUUGACAAGCCGUUACAAUAGUCUCUCUUAGCAAACAAAAAUAUGUUUAGGAAAAGCUAUCAACCAGAAGAAAGCAGCUGAAAAGCUGUGUGCUCCCGCAGUGGGACUAUAGAGAAAAUCGGACGUCGUAUCGUGUCCGACUGGAAAAAGAUUCAGGUAUUCAGGUGCUAUCUUUACGAAUGAAACAGCAGAAACUCGUCAUUGAUGAGGCAGUCAUGACUACCAGGACGAAUUCAAGUUCUAAACUUUAGGAGAAAUAGACAUCAAAUGAACAAGAGCGAACACUCGCUUCUGAUAGAUUCCAAAAGCGAGUUUUAUUAAAUAGUAUCCCAUCAAAAUGCGCAUAUCGAUCUUGAUGUAAUUGUUCGUGUUAUUCAAGAAGAAAGUAAUCUAAAUCUUCUAUGGUUCAUUUGCAGAUACAGCUCCACUCUAACUUGUAGGUAAAGCUUGGAUGUUUGUGAUGUUGUAGGUAUGAAAGACGAAGUCGGACUCAACGUGCACAGAAAUGCAAACGAGCUGGCAUAGAAGCGAUCGAGUAGCCGAU